GAUUUAGUGUCUUAAAAAGUGUUAAAAUUUUCACUGUUUUCAAGUAUGAAAACUGACAAAUGACAUUUCAAUACUGCACUUGGAUUGACUUUUCGAAUACUGACCUGAUCGAGCUUAAAGAAAUGGAAGACCCAAAUAAUUAUUUAUAUAUUUCAUUAUUAACGUUUAUUUGAUCUUGAGAAUGUUAAGUUGUGUGUUUCUUUUAACGCGCUUAUCGGAUAUAACCGAACUAUUCAAUGCACUUGUUAAACAAAAUACAAUAACCAAUCGUAUUAUAUAGAUUCUCAAUAAUCUUAUCGGAUAGAUGGAUUAAACCAAUAGAGGAUUUACAUUCUUUUUAUGGGAUGCGAUGUGGAUUUUGCAACUGUUUUUUGAUUGGUCCGGUCUAAUAGACCACGACCACAAGAGAGGAACAGGACUCCCAUCACUUCCACAGUUCCACGUAGUCACUCCCCCAUCCACCCACCCGCCCAUUUACGCCCGAUCCAUUGAUCAUCCGCCCCCUUCUCUCUCAUCCUCUUCGCUCUCGCCAUUACUGCACUCCGCUUCUCAAUGCUUCAUCAACCCCAACCUCCCACAAACUCCUCUUCUCUCCCUUCCCUCUCCCAUUUCCCCACUUCCCCAAAGCUCCACCGCUACCACCUCCUACUUCCUCUUCCUCUCCGCGCCCAACCCGCCUCCUCCCACCUCUCCCUCUCCCUCUCCCUCUCCACCGGAGAAACGCCCAUCUCCUCCUCCUCCUCCUCCUCCUCCUCCAAUGGUGGUGGCGGUGGCGGCGAGGAGGGCGCUGAGGAGGUCCUCCUCCUCUCCCUCCUCCGCCAGGGUCGCACUGACGAGGCCUACGAGGCCGUGUCCCGGUCCCCUCGCCUCCCCAGCAACGCCACCUGCCUCAGCCGCCUCCUCGCCCAGCUCGCCUACAUGAGGGGCUCCCCCUCCGCGCUCCCCCGCGCCCGCGCCCUCGUUCGCCGCCUCCGCGACGCGCGCCUCCUCCACCUCCUCGACGCCAACUCCCUCGGCCUCCUCGCCUCCGCCGCCGCGCGCUCCGGCGCUCCCGCCUACGCCGCCUCUGUCGUCCGCACCAUGCUCCGCUCCGGCUACCUCCCCCACGUCAAGGCCUGGAGCGCCGUCGUGAGCCGCCUCGCCUCCUCCGACGACCCCGCCGACGCCCUCCGCCUCUUCGACGCCGUCCUCCGCCGUCUCCGUCGCCUCCCCCCCGGCCCGCUCGCCGCCGACGCCCGACCCGACGCCGCCGCCUUCAACGCCGCCCUCAACGCCGCCGCCAACCUCGGCGACGUCCCCAGGUUCGCCCACCUGUUCGACGAAAUGCGCGCGUUCGGGGCCGCCCCCGACGCGCUCACCUACAACGUCCUCAUCAAGAUGUGCGCGCGCGCCGAGCGCGGCGACCUCCUCGCCCCCGCCCUCGCUCUCAUCGUCCGCCGCGGCGUCAUCCCCUGCAUCACCUCGUUCCACUCCCUCGUCGCCGCGUACGUGGGCCUCGGCGACCUCGCCGCCGCCGAGAGGCUCAUCCAGGCCAUGCGCGAGCGCCGCGCCGACAUCUGCUCGCUUCUCGCGCAGUCGUCGCCGACUCCCGCGCGGGUAGAGCCUCACGCCCUUCUCGAAGCCAUCGUGCUCGGCUCGCACGACGCCGCGGCGGCGCCGCCGCCGCUGCUGCCCGCGACCUACGCGCCCGACGCGCGCGUCUACACGACGCUCAUGAAGGGCUACAUGCGCGCGGGGCGCGUCGACGAUGUGGUCCGCACGAUCCGCGCCAUGCGCCUCGAGCCCGACCCCGCGAGCCGCCCCGACGACGUUGCCUACACCACCGUCGCCACCGCGCUCGUGGGCGCCGGCGCCGUCGACCGCGCGCGCGGCGUGCUCGACGAAAUGGCGCGUGACGGCGUCCCCGCCAACCGCGUCACCUACAACGUGCUCCUCAAGGGCUAUUGCCAGCAGCUGCAGCUGGACGAAGCCAAGUCACUGUUGCGCGACAUGGAGAAUCGACUCGGAAUUGAGCCCAAUGUGAUCUCCUACAACAUCCUCAUCGACGGGUGCAUCCUCAUCGACGACAGUGCAGGCGCGCUGGCAUUCUUUAAUGAGAUGCGUGAGCGCGGAAUCCCGCCGUCGAAGGUCAGCUACACGACUCUGAUGAAGGCGUUCGCCCUAUCGGGCCAACCGAAACUCGCCCACAAGGUGUUCGACGAAAUGUCCAAGGAUCCUAGAGUUAGAGUUGAUAGAGUAGCUUGGAACAUGUUGAUAGAAGGGUACUGUCGACUGGGGCUUUUGGAAGAAGCCAAGAAGAUCGUGGAGAAGAUGAGGGAGAGCGGGUUCCAGCCCGACGUGGCUACCUACGGUAGCCUCGCCAACGGAAUUGCUUUGGCGAGGAAGCCCGGAGAAGCACUUUUGCUGUGGAAUGAGGUGAAAGAGAGAUGCGAGGGUUCGCCGCCGCUGAAGCCUGACGAAGGGCUUUUGGAUGCAUUGGCUGAUGUGUGUGUUCGUGCGGCUUUUUUCAGGAAGGCACUUGAAAUUGUGGCUUGUAUGGAGGAGAAUGGGAUAUCGCCGAACAAGACCAAGUAUAAAAAAAUUUAUAUAGAGAUGCAUUCGCGGAUGUUUACAAGCAAGCACGCCUCGCAAGCGAGGCAGGAUAGGAGGAAAGAGAGGAAGAGAGCGGCUGAGGCGUUCAAGUUUUGGUUAGGGCUUCCGAAUUCUUAUUACGGCAGCGAGUGGAGGCUCGAGCCCUUUGAUGGGGAUAAUUAUGAACUCACCUGAUUCUCGAUUCGUAUUUCACACUACUUGCAUAAUUGGCUUAUGAACAUUCAUGGAGGAAAUAUGCCAACGAAUUUGAUGCCAAAUCCUAUUUCGGUUCCGUCAAAGCAAAUUAAAACUUGGAUUUGGCGAGGGCAAGAGAAGAUAGGAGACACCAGUGUUCUGGAUCUACCAAGCAUGUGAUUUGCUAUAGCUUGGUUGCUUCUGGAUCUUCUUAAAAUUGUGAAAAUGAAAAGAUCAUUACUGUUGUAUGUAGUCCAGUUAUUAUUCUUUUGAAUAGUGAUACUGCAUUGUUUUCAUCAGGAUUCUGAUACUCAAUAAUAACCAUUUUGCCUUCUUAUUUACAAA